AUGCGGCCGUGUUUAUCCUUCUUAGAGGCAAAGGAGUUACCUCCCGCGGUCCGCGUCGAUGGACUCGCUUUUCACUUGGUCUGGGGUCAGUCGCCAAACGAGGCGCAGGCCUCCCAAUUGCCGCAAUUGAAAUCUAACCUGCCCACCGAAGAGCAUCGCAUCAAGGAAACUCAGCAGUUUGGCAAAGGUCCAGCACCCUUGCACAAGCUGGGCUGUUCUGGACUUUGCGUGACCGACUUCGGUGCGUUCUAUAAGUUCCUCGCGGCCCAUUUUAACUUUCGGCAGAGUGAUUCCAUCUACGAUCAGAGCGCUCGGAACAUAACUGUAUUCGGUCGUCUCGACCGGGGCUCCACCCCGGUGGAUUGUCACUGA